AUGAAAUGGAUCAUAGGAGACGGUCAGAGGACUAGAGUAUGGUUUGAUAAUUGGCUUCCUGGACCGCAUAAUGUUGCUCCUGAUGGUCCUGCUUCCUCUGCUUUACCAAAUUUGUUGGUCAAGGAUCUUCUUGCUCCUUGGGCACAUGAUACUGCAUACUGGAUGUAUAGCAAGAUUGGAGCCUAUACCAUUAAAACGGGCUAUCACAUUCAGAAAGCUAUUGACAAGGAGAAUGCUCAUAAUUCGGUUCCUUCCGAUCCUAUAAAGCUCUUCUGGUGGAAGUGUAUCCACAAUGGUCUUCCUGUUGCAGAAAGUCUUAAUAUCAGGGGCUGUAGAGUUUAUAGGUACUGCCAGUUAUGUGGGGAGGAAGUAGAAAUGGUGAAACAUAUGCUUUUUGGCUGUAGAGUUGAUAGAGAAGCUUGGAACCUAUCACUGUUGAAUACUUGUCCCCAAUUUGAUCAUCUGAAUACAACUCUUAGUCUCUUACAGGAACUCAUUGAACGUAUGCAACAAGGCUUAACUGAUACACUUCCAUUCUACCUCGGGUGGAGAUUAUGGAAGAUGUGCAAUAAGGUUGUUUAUGAGAACAAAAGAGAUCACAUUAUCCAAGUUAUCCACGCAGCGAUGAUGGAUAAGCAACUGUGGGAAGAAGCGCAAAAUCAUAACUCAGUCAAUAAUCCACAACAUUCAGCUGUAACCCAAGUUCAGGUCGCCUUCCCUCUGAGCUCGCUUCUCCAUUCUCUUCCCCAACAUAUAGACCAUUUAUGUCUUGUAGAUGCAUCCUGGAAGUCACCAGAAGAUCAAGCUGGUAUAGGGUGGUCCUUAACAAGCAUAGAAGGCACUCCUAGACUUCAAGAAAGCUCUGCAAUUGAGCUUACCUCAUCAUCAUUGGUAGCAGAAGCAAUGGCCAUGUUGCUAGCGGUUCAACAAGCGCAAACACUCAGGUACGAUAAUGUUAUUUUCAUAGGGGACUGUGGGGAGCUAUUCAAGUGCUUAAGAAUGGAAGCUAUAGAUGGGAGAAUGCAUGCAACUUACAUAAACGAAGCAACUUCCAUAGUUAAAGAUAUAGUAAACAUUGCUAAGCAAAAUAGUUUCCCCUUUCUUUAUGUUCCUAGAUACCUUGUUGUAACUGCUGAUCACUUAGCAAAAAAAGCCAGGUGGAAUAAACAACAAUAUGUAAUCACCUGGCACUAG